AGAAAGCUUGGCGUGUGCUGGGCGACUCUGUCUUCGGGAUUCGGGUAGAUUUCAAGCACGGAUUUAAACCAAGGCAGGGCGAGUUUAAUGAUUUACCUAAGAACAUUAAAAGUAAGACUGUGGAUACCUUAAGAUAUUGGAUUAAUUGGAUUCAAACAGUUGACAGGUUCAUGGGACUCUGAACUGGGAUUGACUAAAGGUGGAUGUGUGUGUCUGGGACUUUCUGGAGUGUCUUAAGACACGGUGUACACACGUGUAUGAACUUGAACCACGGCCCGUUGAUGGUUUCAGGAUCCUCAUCAAGAUCUGGAUACUUGCUGUGAGACAGAGAUGAACAUACAGAGCUUCAUCACUCGAUAGGUGUAACAGUGGUGUCCCUGGACAGACACAGGUGACGGAAUGAGUGGCGUCACCCUACCCCCCAUCCCCGGCGCUGUCCCGGCCCCCAUUCCAACUGAGUCCCGACCCAGCAGCCGGAGCAGCACGUGCAGCACCUCCAUGACCAUCGUCCCCCACGUGUACUACACAGACCACUGUGUAUUUAAGACUCCUCGUUCCAACGGCGUUCCAAGAGCUUACGGCAAGCUCCCGUCCCUCCGAAACAACGGGAAAAGGCUUAGUCGACAGUCAUCAGAAGUGAGUGCCAGAUAUUCCGCGAAGUAUAGACAGACCCCUCGCUCUGGUUCUGUUGUCAGUGCCAAUUCUCCAUAUUUGCCUCAGAGUACAUCUGAAGAGUGCCUUAAAUGCCUACUCAGAGUCCCACACAAGAAAUGCGAAUCGCACAAAUACAUCCGAGUAGGUGGAGGUUAUCGCCAUGGCUACUGGUAUAUCAAAUGUCUUCUGGAAGAGUUGGAGAUGCAGAGACAACGUGAGUUGUUGAGGCAACAACGACUUGAAGCCAUCAAAGAAAGUAAUGUGAAGGCAAUCAAGACAUACAUACGCACAAAGAGUGGACGGUUGGUGGAGCGUAUCGUGUUCCUGAACGAAGAGGACUACGAGGCCUUCAAACAGGGCAAGAAUGUACAGGACAUCCUGAAGCGAUACCUCAACAAAGAUGAGGCAGCAGGACUGGAGUCUUGGGACAAGGAUGAAGUAAAGGCCAUAAAGACAUUAGUGAGAACCAAGAGUGGACGUCUCAUAGAGAAGCUUGUGUAUGUGUCAAAGAAGGACUUCGAGGACAUCAAGGCAGGGAGGGUGGACGCCAAGAAUGUCCUCAAGAAGUACGUGAAGACCGAGGACGGUGAGCAGAUAGAAGGAUGGGGAGAGGCCAAGAUGAAGACAAUAAAGACGUACGUGAGGACAAAGAGUGGACGGUUGAUUGAGAAGGUGAUUAUGAUAUCACAGGACGAUUAUGAUGCUAUGAUAAGGGAUGGGAAGGAUCCCAGUGAGAUCAUCAAGAAGUAUCUUCCUCUGGAGGAGGGGCAGACGCUGGAGUCCUGGCAGAGUGCGGAGCCUAUGAAGGCUAUCAAGACAAAGGUGCGGACCAAGAGUGGUCGUAUCAUAGAGAAGACGAUCUACGUGAGCGCUGAUGACUAUGACAAGAUGACAAGGGGAGGGGGGGAUCCGAACGAUAUUUUGAAGAAGUACCUGAACCCAGAAGACGGAGACACUAUAGAGUCAUGGGAGAAGGCUCCUGAUGGGCAGCCAAUGAAGGUUGUGAAGACCUACAUCAGGACAAAGAGCGGGCGGCUGAUUGAGAAGCAGGUGCUUCUGACCGAAGACGAGUUCAGGGCGUUCCAGGAAUCUGGAGGAGAUCCAGAGUUCCUCAAGAAGUUCAUCAAGCUGGAUAAAGGGGAGAUCAUCGAGGACUGGGAGAAGGCGUCAACUAUCUACUCUGCCACUGAUGAACCCGACGUCCAAGCUGCAAAACCCGGAACGCGCCUGGUGGGUAAAGAUGGCGUUGUCUAUGAGGUUGUUGUCGACCCGGUCACAGGGAAAAAGUACAAAAAAAAAAUUGGACAACAAGAAUCUGACGUCGACAGCGGCAUCGCGUCCAUGACUCGGGGUAAAGGGGGGAAGCGAAGAGGCGGUAAGGGAGGGGGGAUUGAUGAAGAAGAGACGCCGGAGGAACGACAGAGACGGAAACUUGGGCGGAGGGACGCUGACAGCGACAGCGACUACAGUUACAAAAGUCACCGAAGCGCCGGCGGCACACGUCACGUCACACGACGGCGGAAAAGGGCGGAUGGCACUUACAGCGACGCUGAAUCGUAUCACAGCAGCCAAGAUGAGGAUGGUCAGGCUCGACGACGACGUCGACGACGAGAGAGGAAACACGGUUCAGAUAGCGCUCAUAGUUACUGCAGUGUCGUCAGUGCCGGAGGCACACGUCACGUCAAACGACGUCGUAAACGCGCUGACGGGACGUAUUCAGCAAGUGAGUCCUACCACAGUUCUGACAGUGAUGAACCUGGCGGAGGAAGAGCGAAGAACCGGAAGAAGAAGAAGAAGGAACGGCGUGAACAUGGCAGCGACAGUGACCACAGCUACUACAGUGACGUCAGCGCCGGCGGCACGCAUCACAGGAAGAGGAGAAAGAGAAUCCGAGACGAGCAUGGUAACGUCAUCGGCCAUGGCAAGGUCGAGAACUACACCAGUCCUGAAAAUUCCGACGAUGAAAGUGUGUACACCACGGUGUCGGAUGGAAAAGGCGGCAAAGUCCGCGUGAAGAAGGAGAAACCCGGGAAAGGCGGUAAAGGCGGGAAAGGCGGUAAAGGCGGAAAAGGUGGGAAAGGUGGGAAAAAAGGCCGGAACUACACCGGCGUCUUCAGCGACGAAUCUAGCGACGAUGACGACGUUGAUUUGUCGAAUAUGACAGAGGAAGAGAAGAAAACAUAUUUCGCAGAGAAGGCAAAGAGGAAGGCAGAACGAGAGAAGAGAAGAAGGGAGAAAUACGGCGACAAAUAUGACGAGAUGGUCGCCAAACAUGAAAAACUGAAGAAAGCAUGGAGCAAACCCGUCUUCAGCGACGAAUCUAGCGACGAUGACGACGUUGAUUUGUCGAAUAUGACAGAGGAAGAGAAGAAGAAAUAUUUCGCAGAGAAGGCAAAGAGGAAGGAGGAACGGGAGAAGAGAAGAAGGGAGAAAUAUGGCGACAAAUAUGACGAAAUGAUGGCAGAGCAUGAAAAACGUAAGAAAGAUAUACGACGUGAGGAACGUCGUCGUCUCGGCCUCAACAGCGCCUCCUCGUCUGAGUACGACGAACUCGGCAACAAGAAGCCCAAAACCAAAGGGGCCAGGAAGGAUGGUCUAGGUGAUGAAGAGGGUGGCCCUGAUGGGAGGAAGAAGGGCCGUAGAAAUAAAGACGGCAACGAAGGUGAUGAUGAAAGUGACGAUAAUUAUGACUUGACUGGCCGGAGAAAGAAGAAGGGAGGUCACAGACCAGGGUCAGGAGAUGGUUAUGAAUAUAAAUACGAUGACAAGGGAAGAAUCAUCUCCAAGAAACGAAUUAAAAAGGAUGGUGACAGUAGCGGCUCUGAAUAUGAAUAUGAAUAUGACGCUGACGGAAACGUCAAGGCCGUCAAGAAGAAACGUAAAGGAAGCGCAGAGUCAGACGGGGAUUACUUUGAGGUUGAUGAGAAGGGUCAGAUUAAACUGAAGGAGGGCAAGAAGAAGAUUGACCUCAGUAAACUGACUGCAGAUGACCUCCGGAAACUCGGCAUUGACCCCAAUCUCUCCAAACACGAGAUUGCCCGGCUCCUGAAGGAGAAGUUUGGUGGAGCGAUCCAGAUUGUGGACAAGAAGAAAACGGUUGGCACAAAGAAACUGGGUGAAUACGACAGUGACGUCAAUACUGACGACCUCGCCAACGACAGCGACCUGGAUGUGUCGACAUUGCGCGGGCCACGACGUGUGAACGUGCUGAUGAGGAGAGGUGGACAGGCUAUUCUUGACCACAUCAGGAAGGUGAUGGACCAGUCCAACCUCGGGGAGGACUACGCCAAGGACCUGGAUGAGAAGGGUGACAUUGACUUCCUGUCUCACUACCGCCUGGUCGACCCGAAGAAGUUGGAAGCGUACGCAAAAUGUUUUGCGGUGGAAGACGAGGAUUAUGAUACCGUCAUUAACGCAGGGGAGACCCGGGUCGCUCUUGAUGGCGUGCCCACUAUACAACAGAUGACCCCUAAACAGAUGGAAUACGUCCUCAAGGUGUUGAAGAUCGAUGACGCCAGCCAGGUGACCUUCAGGAUGUUUGCAGUCAUCUCAGCUCUCUCGGAAAGGGUCACGAUGAUGGACCCCGUGUCAAAACACUUGAUUGAGAUAUGUGACCUACUGGACAUCCAGCGUAAGAUGGACCUUUACAAAGCCAUGUUCUACUGCAACGUCAACUCCGACAGAAACUCCAACUUCAUCAAGGCAGAUUCCCUGCGUAUAGAACUCAUCGCCGGCGGCCUGAACUGGAAACAACAACAGUACAUCAUGGAACGACUCCAACCCAACUAUUUCAACGAGAUCUCCUUCCUCGACUACAUAUGCUACAUCCCGCUCUUCCUCUCCAUGCACGACAACAUCGUCGACAACCCCCUGGACAUGUCCGACGACAAGUACGACUCCAUGCUCCGCAAGCCGUCAGGAGGUCAUCGCCAGAGGGACGUCAACCCUCUUGGUCAACCGCUGGACAAGAAGUCUUCAUAUCAGUUGCGGCAACAGGCCCUGGAUCUACUGGAAGGUCGCAUCAACAUCGACGACGUGAAGAAGGAGGACAGGGAGAUGCUGCAGAAAUACACGACAUUACCCAAGAUCCUUGAGUCCGCUCCUCCAACGCCAAGAUCGACAUCAAGCCUUGGAUGACAAGAGCCAUUGAUUCACUUAAACCGACAAAACCAACACGUGAAAAAUGCAAAGAGAGAAAGAAGCAAGAUAAUCGAAAAUGAUAAAUAAAGACUUUUGCGAAUGCAAUUCAAUUAAGAACGCUCAUUUAAUCAUAGUUUUUUUGAAGAUGAAAAUUGUCAGAAAACGAACUGUUCCUCUAAUUUGGCGAGAGUGGGAUUCAUAUGAAAUGGACAACCUCCAUUGUGAUAGUGAGAAACCUCAAAAUGUUUGGACAUUUUAGUCCGGACACCACGCAUACCGGACAGUGAAUAUAAUGAAUGUCCACAUAUAGAGAAUAUAUUUCAAUGUCAGAUGAAUCAAAACGAGUCCAUAAAAUCAAAACUACGAGACUUGACGAUAAAUAGAUAUAAAGCGAAUAUCACUCCCAAUAUCAAAUUUCAGCAACUACAAGUAACUGAAAAGUUAAAACUUCGGGGCUUGCCAAAAUAAUUCUUCCAACCGUUUUUUUAAUCAGUUUGUAAUCAUUCCUAAUGAUUUCACCAAAAGCUAUUUUGUCCGGAAAAAACGGGGUUAUUCUUUUAUUUCAUACAGGAAAAUUGUAAUUUUCAGUUAGGAGUGUGUGUAUUUCGUUUCCUUACAGUUACCAGUUUUGUAUAUAUAAAUCUAAAAUGUCUAAUUUAUUUUCUUAAAUGUGUGAAACUGUAUAAAAUGGUGCUAAUACUUACCGCUAGAUAUCAUAACGUGUUGAUUAUGAGAGAAUAACAUAUCUUUGUGUGUCAAUCACGAUAUUUUGAUUGUCGUAUUAUAUACUGAACUUCAGUAUUCAGAUUUGUGUGAAAUAUCGGAUUCCAAACCUAGUGUUUGCUAUGCAUCUUAAAGUGCUCCUUCGUAUCUCUGACAACACUAAUUGUUUUGAAAUGUAAUGAUUUUAUGCGUGUUAUGAGUGGGAAUGUUCUCAAGUGAAAGAUCGUAACUGUUUCUGUAGUCGUUAAGAUCUUAAUAACUGGAUACACUGCUAUUCCCUUUCAUGUUAUGACUUGGCUUAAGACAAUUAAUGUCAAGUUUCUCUAUUUUCACUGUUUCACAUUUUACCGUAAUACAAAUAAUUCUUUCUAAUGUCUUAUAAACAUUCAUGUUUAGUUUGACCAUUCUCGUCAAAUAGUUUCAUAAUAUUCUCGUAACAAAAGCCAAAGGUUAAAUAGCAAUAAAAAUUCAACUUCUAAAUGAGCUCGCCUAGCGUUAUGAUGUAAUGUAUAAUUUAUUAAUCAUUCAACUGACACAAUAAACAAUUAAUAUUUUCUUAUUGAUCUAGGUUUUCUAUUAAAUGUGUUGAAAGCUCAAGAAGAAAAUACACUACUACAUUUCAUGUAUGUCUGCGGUUCCAUAAAACAGGUAAUAUAAAAUCCCUCAGUUGUUUGUUUAUAAAUCGGCAGCAGUUGGAUCUGUGUGUGUUUGUUUUAAAUAAUGUGACCUUUAACCUCUUAACGAAUGCACCGUGAUGGCCGCGUCGCCAUAUUGUUUUAAUCUCCAAGCUAAAGAGCUGUGAUAACAAGUUUGAUACCCGUUUGGUACUUAUCCGUCCUGUUCCAAUGUGCCAAUAUUUGUUUAUGUUUAUAAUGUUUGUAAGAGUGAUUUGAAUAAACAUCAGCAACUGA